CAAUGACAAAGCAGCCAACAAAGAAAUGAUGCAUGUCUUUUUUCUUUUUUGAAAAUAUUUUAGUACCUGAAUCAAUCACGAGAGAUGCAGCAAUGCUUGGAGUACAUAUAUUAAGAAUUGAGUUGGUUAUGUCUCUACAUGUUUACAUCCUAUUUUAAAUUAACCCCAUUAUCAACAUGUUAAAAUCUGUGUCUAAGGGUGCAAGACUGCAAGUGUUUUAUCUAGUUGAUUUACCACAACAUUUUGGUCAGAGUCAAUAGAGGAAAAGUGAUGAUAAAAAAACAGGUGGAAGAAACCAUUUACUUUGAGGGGAACUUAUCUGCGCUGCCAUUUGACAUGCUUGAUCUUAGUAGUGUGGUCUGGGCUGCUGUGCUACACUUGGGUCAUGCCUUGUUCCGUGGAUUGAGUAAUCUGUUUGCUCUGUCAAAGUUAGAUGUAGCAGCCAUUAAAGGGGAGUAGUAUUUCAAAGCUAACCCGUGGGAGUCUGACUUGAGAAUAUUCAACCUGAGCGACUCAAGGGGCAGGGCUGCGUUACAAUGGGCCGAGAUUCGAGACCAGCAAAGUUGAAGACAUCAUUAGCCUGGAUUUUCCCAGUGCCCUGGUACCCUUAGAGUCACUUUCAUCGACUCCUAACUUCAGUUUGGAACUAUCUCUAGUACCUAAUUUUAUGUAUGGUUUUUCAAUUUCCUUUCAAUUAUUGGGGGUUUUAGAGAAAAUUAAACUUCAAGUUGCAUCCAAAAAUUUAAUUUAUUAAUUAAUACAUUAUUUCCCUACUUAAAAAGCAAAUUCGAAUAUCUUCUCCUUAAAUUGAAAAAAAAACCCUCUAGUUACAAAGCUCAACGAGGUUUGAAUUGUGGGCUCUUUCACCUUGUCUCAGCGUCAAUGUUGAUUAAACAAUGUACCAACGGAGUUGGCUGUUUACGUCUACUUUGUACAUUUGUUUUGUUAAGGUUCUUACAAUGAUACAGUGAAAAAAGAAUAAAUUUUUUGAAGCUGAUCUAGUUGACAAAGAAACAAGGGACAAACCCUUUGCAGGGAUUUGGAAGUGAAUCAAAUAACGAGAAAUAAAUCUGAACAAAAGCGGCGUCGUAGGGUGGUAGAUUACAUUUCUCGUUGGCUCCUGUUUCGGCAUUUGCUCACAAUCUCACCGGUAUACAUCCUCUGAGGCAGAAGAGUGGGAAACGCAGGAGACAAAAAUAUCGUUCUGAAAGUUAUAAGUAUUCUUCAAGUUAGUUAGUUGGGCGGUGCUCAGCUAGACUACAGUUAUACAGACAGAUGGAAGUGACCAAGGGGAAGUAUGCUGCUGAUCUCUCCUCCAUCAGAGAAGCACAAGCACGCAUCAAUUCAUUCAUACACAAAACUCCAGUCAUGACCUCGGAGUCUCUAGAUGCUAUUUCUGGAAGGAGGUUAUUCUUUAAGUGUGAAUGUUUCCAAAAGGGGUGAGAAACUAAUUAAUGGCAAAUGGGGAGCAUUCAAAUUCAGAGGUGCUUGCAAUGCUGUAUUUUCACUUGAUGACCAUCAGGCAGCUAAAGGUGUUGUAACACAUAGCAGUGGUAACCAUGCUGCAGCAUUAGCAUUGGCUGCAAAGUUACGUGGGAUCCCUGCACAUAUAGUUAUACCAAAAAAUGCUCCACAAUGCAAAGUUCAGAAUGUUGUGCGUUAUGGCGGUCAGGUUAUAUGGAGUGAGGCAACAGUGCCUUCAAGGGAGAAAACUGCAACCAAAGUGUUGCAAGAAACUGGAGCUGUACUUAUACAUCCGUAUAAUGAUGGGCGAAUUAUAAGUGAAUUAGAUGACCUGGACUGCUUUUUCAGUGGGCAGGGUACCAUAUCCCUUGAGCUUUUGGAGCAAGCCCCUGAGAUAGACACUAUAAUAGUUCCCAUAAGCGGAGGUGGCUUGAUAUCAGGGGUGGCUUUGGCUGCCAAGUCCAUCAAUCCUGCCCUUCGAGUUUUGGCUGCUGAACCCAAGGGAGCUAAUGAUGCAGCGCAAUCAAAAGCAGUUGGUAGAAUUGUAACCUUACCUGAAACAAAUACAGUAGCUGAUGGGCUGAGAGCUUUCCUUGGUGAACUCACCUGGCCCAUAGUACGAGAUCUUGUUGAUGACAUUAUAACUGUGGAUGAUACGGAGAUAAUAGAAGCAAUGAGACUGUGCUAUGAGAUUCUUAAAGUUGCAGUUGAACCAAGUGGAGCCAUAGGCCUUGCUGCUGUCUUAUCUGAUAGUUUCAGGAACAACCCUGUGCGGAAGGAUUGCAACCAAAUAGGAAUUAUACUUUCUGGAGGUAAUGUAGAUCUUGAAGUGCUGUGGAGGUCAUUUAGAAAAUGAAAGUUAAAUUUGUUAUUGCUCCAACGUAAACAUUUUCUUUCCUUUCAAAUUGAGCUCGGUCUCUUAAUGCUGAAGUAAAAUCCAAUUAAUCCCUUGAA